CAAAUUUUACAUUGACUGAACAAUGAAUUCCACUACGUUUCAUUGGAACUUAGGCUGGAAUACAUCCAAAGUUCACCUCUUGAAUCUAAGCAUGCAAACUAUUCCUCUACAAGAAGAUUUCCUACUCGGUGAUUACAACACUGAACAAUGUGACAACAGCUUGGAUCAGAUCUUCUGGGUUGUAGACGCGUUUUUUGGCGCCUGCAUUUUGGCGGGAAAUUCCUUCACAAUCGCGGUGUUCAUAUUCGGAGGUCAGUUUUAUCGGUGUCAAAUGAAUGUAUUCCUUCUGAGCUUGGCUGUUUCUGAUAUCCUGCUYGCUUUGAUUGUCAUUCCGAGCUACGGUGUAUACUGCACUGGAUGUUCCGUAUCUCUGAGCAAACUCUGCUGGUUCUUUGAAGGCGGGAAAGACUACACGUUCCUUGCGUCUGUGUUCAAUCUUCUAGCUAUAAGCUACGACCGCCAUCUUGCGGUAUUCCGUCCUUUACUUUACAAUCUACAAAUGACAGAAAAAAGAAUGGCUUUAAUCCUAAUCUUAAYAUGGCUUUUGCCUGGUGUCUUGGCAGGGCUUAGAAACGUCUGGCAGCACAUAGAUAGCGCUGAGGAAUCCGAGAGGAAAAACACUGUAUACACUUAUAUCCUUUUCUUCGCAUUCGUCCUCAUCCCAAUCAUCACCGUCUGUGUUAUCAACAUCCGUAUCAUUCACGCUAUAAAAAUCCAGUUGCGAAAAAUACAAGGAACAGAACCGAGAGUCCAUUGCAACAGAACUGAAGUUUCUACAACCUUCUAUGUCAAACACAUGCAUGAAUCAGAUAUCCUGCACCGUCGGAGAGGAACGUUUUCUUGCGUUCUUGUAGUCGCGCUGUUYGUCAUUUGCUGGCUCCCAAGAGGGAUUUAUAUAAUGUUGCGUUUGUUUAACAAGGUUGAGUUAGGAGGUCUGUUACUUGUAAAGCUAUCAAUAACUUUUUUGCUUUUUCAAUCUAGUCUUAAUCCUAUUGUUUAUUCAUUCUUUAGAUCAGAGUUUCGACAAACAGCGCGAAGGUUGUUGACAAAGUUGACUAAGGUUUUUUGUAGCUAGAUACUGUAGGCUUCUUUACGUGUGUAUUGUUCUUUCUUCCU